AAGCCACUUUCCAGCCCCUGCCGCCAGCUACAGAGACCAGGGCGCUGGUAUCCCCCGGAGAGCGGAGAGCGGCCCUCGCCCUGAGGAGGAGGAGCGGGGUCCUCCCUCUCGUCCCCACAGUCCCAGGACGCAAUCUGUGAAGGCUGCCUGGAGGAAGAGGAGGGCGACAGGGCCAUGGCCGCAGAGGCGACGUUGGGUCCGAACGUGAGCUGGUGGGCUCCGUCCAACGCUUCGGGAUGCCCGGGCUGCGGUGUCAAUGCCUCGGAUGGCCCAGGCUCCGCGCCAAGGCCCCUGGAUGCCUGGCUGGUGCCCCUGUUUUUCGCUGCCCUAAUGUUGCUGGGGCUAGUCGGGAACUCACUGGUCAUCUUCGUUAUCUGCCGCCACAAGCACAUGCAGACCGUCACCAAUUUCUACAUCGCUAACCUGGCGGCCACAGAUGUCACUUUCCUUCUGUGCUGCGUACCCUUCACCGCGCUCCUCUAUCCGCUGCCCACCUGGGUGCUGGGAGACUUCAUGUGCAAAUUCGUCAACUACAUCCAGCAGGUCUCGGUGCAAGCCACAUGUGCCACUUUGACAGCCAUGAGUGUGGACCGCUGGUACGUGACUGUGUUCCCGCUGCGUGCACUUCACCGCCGCACUCCGCGCCUGGCCCUGACUGUCAGCCUUAGCAUCUGGGUGGGUUCCGCAGCUGUUUCCGCCCCGGUGCUGGCUCUGCAUCGCCUGUCGCCCGGGCCUCACACCUACUGCAGUGAGGCGUUUCCCAGCCGUGCCCUGGAGCGCGCUUUCGCGCUCUACAACCUGCUGGCCCUAUACCUGCUGCCGCUGCUCGCCACCUGCGCCUGCUACGGUGCCAUGCUGCGCCACCUGGGCCGCGCCGCUGUACGCCCCGCACCCACUGAUGGCGCCCUGCAGGGGCAGCUGCUAGCACAGCGCGCUGGAGCAGUGCGCACCAAGGUCUCCCGGCUGGUGGCCGCUGUCGUCCUGCUCUUCGCCGCCUGCUGGGGCCCGAUCCAGCUGUUCCUGGUGCUUCAAGCCCUGGGCCCCUCGGGGGCCUGGCACCCUCGAAGCUAUGCCGCCUACGCGCUCAAGAUCUGGGCUCACUGCAUGUCCUACAGCAAUUCUGCGCUCAACCCGCUGCUCUAUGCCUUCCUGGGUUCCCACUUCAGACAGGCCUUCUGCCGCGUGUGCCCCUGCGGCCCGCAACGCCAGCGUCGGCCCCACGCGUCAGCGCACUCGGACCGAGCCGCACCCCAUAGUGUGCCGCACAGCCGGGCUGCGCACCCUGUCCGGGUCAGAACCCCCGAGCCUGGGAACCCUGUGGUGCGCUCGCCCUCUGUUCAGGAUGAACACACUGCCCCACUCUGAGCCGCCCCUGCCUGUGGGAUAAUCCAAUCCGGCUGCUUGGCUGGGCAGCUGUUUCUAGUUUAGUUAAUCUGUGUAAAUGACCUUUUCUUCCAAUCUGCACCAGCACACCGUGGUUUUGGCCGUGCAUGUUAUGAUAA